CUUGAUAUUUUUGACUAAGCUAAGGAAGAUACGACAGUCAUGUAAUAUAAGUUGUCGGGAACACGCACACAGAAAGCGAACAAAGAAACGCUGUGGGACACAAAAGUCAAGUUUUGUACACAGGAAGUUGUCAUUUACGUCUCCUUCAAUCUGCUGAAGCUCAGGAGAGUUCAGCACUUUCUUCGACAACUUUUCAGUUAAGCCUAUUAAGGUCUGUAUCUGCAUGUAAAAACUGAAAAAGGACAAAACCAAAAACAGGACACCGAUUCGAUUGUUUACCCCACCCCCUCAAAUCUAAAAACCAAACCAUCGUACAACGAACCCUCACUGUGACAAACAACUCCAACGGCGUAUACUUGUUAUACGAGGAAAAGCUUUAAAUCCGGAUACGUGUGUUUGUACGUGACCUAACUAAAGUUUCCUGUCAUCAACCCAGAGCACGGAUACUUGCGGUACGGUGUUUGACGGAACGUGCACAACAGUAACCCUGUGAAACAGGAUGACCCCACGCCUCCAUGAUCUUGACAACGACAACCUUCCAUCGAAUCAAGGGCUCAUGUUCCCCCAUGGAGUUACUGAGGGAGACACAUUUCUUCCACCAAACGACGAUGGGAGUUCCGGCAGGGUUCCGAUAUCUAUUCUCUUCCCGUUCUUCGAUCACAACCACGACUCCCUCUUUGUGAAUACGAAUGGCGCACUUUCCUUCCUCAUCGAAGUGUCAUCCUUCACACCGACACCGUUUCCUCUUGACGGAGAUAGGCGAGUUGUGGCGCCAUUCUGGGGUGACGUAGAUAUAACACACGGAGGCAAUGUAACCUAUCGCGAACUUAUCCGUGUUCCAGAAAACGACCAGCUCUUCGCAGAAGUGGACAGUAUUGUCAGAAAAACGUUCAUUGAUCAGUCCAGGUUCUCAGCAACGUGGAUAUUUAUCGCAACUUGGAACAAAGUGCCCUUUUUUGGAGCUGUUAAUCAUGACGCCUUGAAUAUCACGAAUACGUUUCAAACCGUUCUCGUGACCAACGGCAGGCAUUCCUAUGCCAUAUUCAAUUACGAGGAAAUCAACUGGACAACUGGAACAGCGAGCGGUGGCAACAACAUUGGGCUACAAGGAACACCUGCUCAAGUUGGUUUCAAUGCUGGCGAUGGCUUCACUUUCUACGUUGUUCCCGAAUCCAGAACGAACGCCAUCGUUGACAUUGACGAAGAUUCGAAUAUCGGUUUUAGAGGGCGCUUUCUCUUCCGCAUUGACAGCAGCGAAAUCGUUAACUCUGGUUGCAACUCAGGAGGAACGCUAGCUGUUUUCCCCUUUUCUGGCUCGAUGCUCGGCGGAGAUGUUAUCCACUUAUCAGGGCCUUGUCUAGAUGCAUCCUCAUCUAUCGUGUGCCGCUUUGCCAGCGUCGAAGUACCUGGAGAGGUAGUAUCUAACACAACGGUCAGAUGUGUCAGUCCACAAGUAUUUGAAGUCGGUCGUGUGCCACUGAAGAUGUCGAUCAAUGGCGGAGAAUUCUUCAAUUUCACCGGAGUAUUCACUUACCUGAGUCCAGAGGACACCACGCCAUUUGUCAAGAGAUUGAACGCCGCAGAAUGGAACGAGUUAAGAGCACUGACCAUCACGUGGGAUACCGAGCUACUGCAAGAGUACGUAGACGAUGUUCGGAUCUCUUUCUAUGGGUACAAAGAGAACAUAACCUCAGGGACAGUGGAUCUUCAGUUGGUAUACAGCAGCAGCCAAGUGGUACCUUACAACGUUGGUGUGUUCAGGUUCAGCCGCCCUCCUUCCCCAGAUGGAUUCAAGUACACUGUCGGUGUUGUCCGUGUUUCUCAGUACGGGGCACAAGGCCAAAAUGAGCUAGCCCUUCCCGGAAUGUGGAGCGACGUCCACAACCUCCACUGGCUCUACCCCGUUCCUGAACCUUCGGCAUGGUGCGAGGAUUGGCUAAAGGAGGCCCAGUCGGACCUGGAGUUCCUUGCAGUGACCCAGCAUUGCCCGUGCACGCUGACCCAAGCUCUGGUUGACGCAGGCAGGUUCAGCCCACAUCCCCUGUGCAACUUAGAUACCCCAUUCAGCUGUGAACUGUUCAAGCCUGGGGCUGUGCACUGCAUCAGAGCGAACACCCCCAGUGAAAUGGGAGGUGGCCAGGAGUGUUGCUAUGGCAAUAAUGGCAAUGUUCUGAACGUCUUAAGAACGCCAGGUGGUGGGUUCGCUCAGCGUAGGCAUCAUGAUGGCAGUGCACCGUAUAAGGUUGCUGGUCGUGUUCCCUAUCUGUCUCACUGGGUUUCUGAUAUUCUACCGAUGGAACACUGCUGCGUGUAUUCUGAAGAAUCCUGUCAGUUAUAUAAAUCUGUGCGACCUUCUCAGACCUGCCAGGGCUACACACCACUUCGCCCCGCAAUUACAGCAGGCGAUCCUCACCUGGUUACUCUCGAUGGUGUUGAGUACACAUUCAAUGGUGUGGGCGAAUACACCAUGUUGGAAACCUGCAAUGGUUCGUUUGUUAUGCAGGCAAGAAUGGCAGUCCUGCAAGGUGUACCGGCAACUGUCCUCACUGCUCUGGCAGCCCAUGACGCUGGUACGUCCGAUCAAAUCCAGGUUGAGGUGAGCGAUCGACGCGGUAUGGAUGUGUGGUACCGCCCCGAGGGCAACGGUAGUGAGUGGUCCAUGCUGGAUUUCGAGGAGACGCAGGUCAGGCGGGUGGAACUUGAGGGCGCGACGGUGUUCUGUCAUGAGGUCAACAACUCGGGCGUUAUGGCUAAGAACAUUCUCAUAAACUUCCGAUGUGGAGUGUCCUUAGUAGUGUCUACCACAUCCGGGUUGCUCAACGUGUUCACCACGCUGCAGGAGGAACUGAAGGGGCGAACCAGAGGACUGUACGGCAACUGGAAUGGAGACAAGAAUGAUGACUUUGAGAGACCCAACGGCACGGUGCUUCCGAUCAGUGCGACAAUGCAAGAUGUACACUACGGAUUCGGUCAAGCGUGGCAAAUCAAGCCUGAGGAUUCCCUCUUCAGAUAUCCCAGAGGUAAAGGUCCUACGGAUUACAGCGAUGAGACCUUCACGCCUGUCUUCCUUCCACCUGAAACUGCCAUCACCGAAGAAGCACGCGAAAUCUGUGGCAACAUAUCACAGUGCAUUUUCGAUUUGGCAGUGACCGGUGACAGUGACAUCGCCCGAGCAAGUGGGAGUACAGUUUCCCGCUAUAAAGCUGCAGUGGAGAGUGCAUCCCUAGUAACCUGUGGCUCCGUGAGCGAACCAGCGAACGGCAGGAAGGAAGUGUCCCGUAGCAAUGUUGGCGGAGUGGCCAACUUUACUUGUGAUGAUGGAUACACCUUGCAAGGAGAAAGUGAACUCAUGUGCCAGAAGAACGGCACGUGGAGCGCGGAUGUGCCCGUCUGUGCACCAGUGAUCUGUAGCAGUCUUGAUGUACCUCCGAACGGCGCAAAGGAAGUGUCUCGCAGCACUCUCGGCGGAGUGGCCAGUUUCACCUGUGAUGAUGGGUACACCUUGCGAGGAGAGAGUGAGCUUACGUGCCAGGAGACCGGCACGUGGAGUGGGGAAGUCCCAACUUGUGAAGCAUCAGUAGGUUUGCAGGCUUGGCAAAUCGUCCUCAUUGUUCUGGGAUGUUGCGUUUUGCUGGUUACAGUUGUUGUGGUUGUCAAAGUCAUCUUGUUGCAAAGAGCAAGGAAAUGAGUGUCCACUGUUCUUACAAGCAUCAACCGAAAUGUGUUUUCAUGUGACUGAAUGCAGAGCUGAUGAUGGAUUUGGAAUUUCUUUGGAUCACAAUUUUACUCUGAUUUUAGCUGCUUACGCUGAACAAAUUUGUAGUAGAAAUAUAUUUUUCCCAAAGUGAUAACAGCAGCAGUUACUUCUUUAAGAGCAAUGUCAUUAUUAUUUACUUUCAGUAUAAUCUUUGCAUACAAAAAGUCGUUCUUUGCAUUGUAUUUACUGGGGAUCAUCUCAAAUUUCGGAGCUGGGCUUUCCUGUGGACCAAUCCAUCGGACUGUUCCGGCGAAGCUCCUCUGAAAAGGUCUAUGUGCCCCUCGGAACGUUGACCGUGCCGUAGGACCAUUCCAGUGUUUUGUUAAGCACUUAUACACCCGUUGGGACGUUACGCUGGGAACCAGAAGGGUCAAGAUGGAAACAUCUUUAAAUUGGUAUCAAGCGCCCAUUCGAAAAAAUGUCUUAAUUCCUUGACUUGCGUCGAAGAAGAAGCCUUAUUACGCUCUGUAAUAUCUUUUGAUAACAAAUUGCAAUUCAGUAGAGGUAAACCAUAAAACGAGUUUUUGGUAUCUGUAAACAAAAUGUUCGUUUAGAUUGUCUCAAUAUAAAGUGACAGGGAAAAAAAGGAAAUGUCUAUUUUUAUAGGUGUGGGUGUCUAUGUUAAGAGUAGCGUAUAGGCACCAUGUGCAUCAAAAUGCAAAUGUAGCAUGCGUAGAGCAGAGACACAUGCUGACCCACGUUGACGACAACCAGCUUGGUUGUAAAGUAAAAUAAUCAACAAAAGUUGGACCCUUCCUCUUUUUCAAGAUAAUACGGAAUUUACUAAUUUAUGAAUAUCAGUAACACAUUUUUAUCACAAGACAUUUGUUUUAAAUUUAUUUGAAUUAACUACUCAAGAUGUUCCUUUGUAACUGGAAGAAAUAGUUCGUUUCGUUGUAAUUUUCAACUGGAUGUGGUUUGCCAAGGUGUUUCUAAGUGUCUUUUCAUUUUAACGAUUUGAAAAAAAUUAUACAAUUUCAUCAGAAUAAUAGAUUAAAUAUUUCAUAAAGCAAUGUAAAAAUUGCAAGCGAAGCCUUUGCUUCCCGUCGCCCAACUGAAUAUGAUUACAUCAGAAUAAGAAUUGUAACCAGCGUUUACGUUUGCUAGUUAAUGUAACUUACCAAUGGUAAAUAUAAUUAAGACGUAUAGAGACAAAUGCUCCAUUGUUAGUCACAGAAUUGGGGAAUCAUUAGCGUUUGCUAAGAAUGGGAAAACAUCAGGGUCUGUAUCUCUGACUAUAUUUGACUGUUGUAAGUAUACAAUGACUCACUCAAAGCAAAAUGCUGAAAAGCAGUGCUGGAGUUGGUUUAAACAAAGCGAGAAAGCUGGACUUCGCCCAUCCAUUGAAUACAGGCGGCGAAAAUAAAAUGAUAGGAAGCUUAACAAACACGUAGAAUUAAAAUUCCAU